GAAUUUCUUCCUCUUUUAUUUUCCUCCCUCAACUAACCUCCUCCCGCUCCCUCCAAUUCUCGCUUCUCUCUCUUGUUUAACUUUUUUUCCUCUCCCUCAGUUUGUCAUGUAAACUCAAUGCUGAAAGUUCAUAAGGUUGUGUAUCCAGAAAUCGGGCGUUAAAAUAACCAUAAUAACAACACAAAAUCUUAAAAUCAACGAUUCAUUUUAUUUUUUUAUUUUUUUCUCUUUAAAUUGCUUAUCAUUCUUCAUUAACUUUUCUCUUUUUUGUUACCUUUACUCUUCUUCUUCUUCUUCUUCUUUGAUAACAAUCGGAUUAUCAUCAUCAUCAAUUCAAGUUCCUAAUUCAUUUGGAUCGGUAAAUGUCACUCGAUCGUCAAGAUCAGUGUACACAAGCAGCAACACAUUAAGAGGAGAUUAAAAAAAACAUCAAACAUUAGGUAAACGGCUGUUUAAACAUACACAUCUCCUUUUACCAUUGGAUUGUAUUUAUACUGAUUCAUUUAAUUAGACAAUUACAAUUAGUGUCUUGUUUCAAACAAUCAUCAUUUUGGCUUCACCUUGAUAUCCAAACCAGUGGAAGGACAAUUAAUUGUGUUUUCCUGGAUCUUGAUCAACUCUCAAUUCAUCUUGAGCCAUUAAAGUGUAAUAAUAGAUUGUGAUUCUGUUGUUCAUCAAAAAAGUUAACCAUUGUUGUUAACAUUGAUUAAAUUGACUAAUUGGAUUGAUUGACAGUCAAAUUGAUUGAAUCAAUGAGUAACCAAUUUCUUGCUCUUUAUUGACACAAUACAUUUACUUCAAUUACAAAUAAAAUUAACUUGUAAUCGUUAACGUUAUUUGUUCAAUAUUAAAUCGUAUUCGUUUGUCUAUCCAACACAAUUAUAUUUACUCUUUGUUGGAAACUUUAUUCAAUUUCUUACCAAUAAUACACUUGACCUGGAAUUACAAUUUAAUUGUCACUUUGGUAAUAAGUGAAUAUGUGGAUUUAAAUUAAUUACUUAAAUCAACCAAUUGUAUUUUGAUUUAUAUCAUUUGUUAUCAACAAGUAACACUUUGUGAUUAUCAUUUGAACCUGAAAACUUUUGUCACCAUCAACACUCAUGGAGAUUGAUCAAUUUUCAACCUGAUAACCUUAUAAACAAUCAACAAGUGAUGAUGAAAUAAUCAUUAAUAAAAGUUUCAACAAUUAACACAUUGUUAACUUGGAUUAAUCAGCAUAAUUUAUCAGUUAACUGUUGACAAACUUGAAACAUUUUCAUUGAACCGGAAAACCAACAAAAAAAAACACUGAAAACGGAUACAUCACGUUUCUUGUGUCACUUUGUUUACCUGAACAAUUAACUUAAUUAGUGAUUAUAAUUGACCAAUCAACUGAUCAACUCAAUUUUUUGUUUCUUUCUUUUUUCCUUCUUCUUAUUUCAAUAUUUUCAUUGCUUGAAUUCAGUUGACAAUCACCAAAGACAUGGAAUCACAAAAAGUUUGGGCUCCUGAUCCUGACAAUGGUUACAUAUUGGGAACCAUUGUUGACAUUGGCUCCGAACUUGCAACCGUUAAAUGUGCGAAAAGUAAUCAGACAAUUAAAACUCCUUACAAUACAAUCUAUCCAGCGGACCCUGAGAUAGAGAAACAUGUUGACGAUAAUUGUGCACUUAUGUUUCUUAAUGAGGCAACUCUGCUCAACAAUUUACGAGUCCGUUAUGAACGAGAUCUGAUUUAUACUUAUGUAGCUAAUAUUCUCAUCUCAAUCAAUCCAUACUUUGAAAUUCGCAAUCUCUACUCAUCGGAGGCAAUCAAACGCUAUCAAGGAAAAUCACUUGGUGUUCUUCCUCCUCAUGUUUUCGCUAUUGCUGACAAGGCUUUUCGUGAUAUGAAAGCGUUCAAACAAAGUCAAUCGAUAAUAGUUUCCGGUGAAUCGGGAGCCGGUAAAACGGAAGCAACAAAAUACGUGCUGAGAUAUUUGUGUGAAUCUUGGGGAACCAAUUCUGGACAAAUUGAGAGACUAAUUCUCGACGCUAAUCCAGUGCUAGAAGCAUUUGGUAAUGCGAAGACGGUUCGAAAUAAUAACAGCAGUCGAUUCGGUAAAUUCAUCGAAAUACACUUCAGUGGACAGUUUUCCGUUGCUGGAGGUUUCAUUUCACACUAUUUACUUGAGAAAUCACGAAUUUGUGGUCAAAGUCCAGGUGAACGGAACUACCAUAUAUUUUAUCAACUUUGUGCCGGAAGUCCACCUGAUAUUUGGAAUCAAUUACAUCUUGGUAAUCCUGAUCAGUUUCAUUAUCUUAAUAGAGGUUGUACCCAAUAUUUUGGUUCUAAAUCGUCUCUGCCCGUUGAACGAUUGUCCCAAGAACAAUCGUCCAAAGGAAGUUUAAAAGAUCCAAUUGUCGAUGAUGCAAACGAUUUCGCUGCAACAGAUAAAGCCCUCGGUCACUUUGGUGUAUCAGAUCGACUUGCUAUCUACAAGGUGGUGGCCUCAGUUCUGCAUUUGGGUAACAUAGCAUUUGAAGAGUCUCCUGAUGAUACUCGGGGCGGAUGCCAAGUGAAAACCGGUUUUUCUUGGUCUUCCCUGGAAACAGCCGCAUCACUUAUCGGUAUUGAGGCGGAAGAGUUACAACAAUGCCUUUUGUCACGUAUCAUGCAAACAAAUAAGGGAGGACACAAAGGAACCGUUUAUUUGGUUCCAUUGAAAGUUCAUGAAGCUUCAGCCGCUCGUGAUGCUCUGGCUAAAGCUCUUUACUCUAAACUGUUUGAUCAUUUGGUUACCCAGAUAAUCAAUCGAUCAAUUCCAACAUUUCAAUCAUCUUAUUACAUUGGUGUUCUCGAUAUUGCCGGUUUUGAGUAUUUCCGUCACAAUUCAUUUGAACAAUUUUGUAUCAACUAUUGUAAUGAGAAAUUACAACAAGUUUUCAAUGAGAGGAUUUUAAGAGAGGAGCAAAUACUUUAUGAGAAAGAAGGACUUGGAUUGAAGCAUAUUAAUUACACUGAUAAUAGUGAUUGUAUCAACCUAUUGGAAGGCCGAUCAACGGGAAUAUUUGAUCUUCUCGAUGAGGAAUCGAAACUACCAAAACCAAGUGCAACUCAUUUCACUGAAUCAGUUUUCUCCCAUAACAAGGAUCACUUUAGAUUAGCUGUACCUCGAAAAUCAAAAUUGAAAGAGGAUCGAGAACUUCGAGAUGAUGAAGGUUUUCUUAUUAGGCAUUUCGCUGGUGCCGUUUGCUAUCAGACUGGUUUAUUCAUUGAGAAAAAUGCUGAUGCUUUACACAAUUCGUUGGCUAGUUUAAUGUCAGAAGCCAAGAAUAACUUGAUCCGUGAACUAUUUCCUGUCGACGCUUCAACUAAUGGUCACUCUAAGCCCGCUAGUGGUAAACUUAGCUUCGUCUCAGUUGGAGGUAAAUUCCGCAAUCAACUAAACGAUCUGAUGACCAAAUUGGGCUCCACGGGAACGCAUUUCAUCCGUUGUGUCAAGCCCAAUGUUCACAUGGUUCCUCAUAAAUUUGAAGGUUCACACAUUUUGUCACAACUUCGUUGUUCCGGAAUGACCUCAGUUCUUGAACUGAUGCAGCAAGGUUACCCAUCUCGAACCUCAUUCAUUGACUUGUACAAUCUGUAUAAACACCAUUUACCUCCUAAACUUGUUCGACUUGAGCCUCGAAUGUUUUGUCGUACAUUAUUCAAAGCUUUAGGUCUCAAUGAGACAGAUUAUCGAUUUGGUUCGUCCAAAGUUUUCUUUAGAUCUGGUAAAUUUGCAGAAUUCGAUCAACUCAUGAAAAGUGACCCUCAACAUCUAUCAGUAUUGGUCAGUAAAGUGGAAAAAUGGUUGACCAUUUCAAGAUGGAAGAUGUUCCAAUGGUGUGCACUCUCAGUGAUUAAACUUAGGAACAAAAUUUUAUAUCGAAGGCAAAUGAUUGUUACGAUUCAGAAAAACAUAAGAAUGGUCAAUGCAAGAAGGAAAUAUCGACCAAGGUACAUCGCUAUUACGAGAGUAAAGAAAAGUGGACAUUUAUUAAAAGACAUGUCCGAAUUGACCCAGAAGUUAAAAUUAUCCGACGAAAAGACUAAGUUCAAUCAACGAAUGGUUGAGAUCGAAAAGGAAAUCAAAGAUACCAUAGAAAUUUGUCGAACUUCAUCUCAACUUGAUACAAAAGAUUUAGAGAAUCGAGUGAAUAGGAUUAGUGGAGCUUUAGAAGAGCAGAUUAAAUUAUUAAGAAGUAAAAUUGUCGAGGAAGAGAAACUAAGAAAAGUUCAGGAAGAAAUGGCUAGUGAAAGGAUGAAGAAAGAGGAUGAAGAUCGUCGGAAAGCUGAAGAAGAAGAGCUUAAACGAAAACGAGCCGAACUCGAUGAACGUUUCAAGAUGGAAGCUGCAGUUAAAUCUAAAGAAGUUGAUGACUUCGAACUGGCUAAAAAGCUACAACAUGAACUUGAUCUGGAAUUGGAAGAGCAGAGAAAACGAGUUGAACAAGAGAGACUUGAUCAUGCUCUUGCUUUGAGAUUGGCUCAAGAAACAACGAAUGGUACAUCUGAUGAUCUUACCCGAGCAAGUCCACUUCCCGCUUCACCUCCUCAUGCAUCAAAUGGUAUUGGAUUGAAAAAGUUACCAGGAGAUAAAAAAUACGAUUUGUGCAAAUGGAAGUACUCUGAUUUGAGAGAUAUCAUCAACACUUCCUGUGAUAUUGAGCUUCUUGAAGCAUGUAAGGAAGAGUUUCAUCGACGACUAAAAGUUUAUCACGCAUGGAAAUUGAAAAAUUCACGCAAUCGGGAAACGAAUGAAGAAGAACGAGCUCCAGAUUCUAUUAUGAACAAUCCAGGAUCGGUUGAUAUUCACGGAUUAAACGAUGGAAUAUUGAAUAGAGCGACAUUAUCAUUCUCUAACAAUGAACAGCGAUACUUUAGAAUUCCUUUUGUUCGACCUUCAUCAGCGACCGGACAAAGAGGCUGGUGGUGGGCUCAUUUCGAUGGUCAAUGGAUCGCUCGGCAAAUGGAAAUUCACCCGGAAAAGAAACCAAUACUUCUAGUUGCAGGUAAAGAUGAUAUGCAAAUGUGUGAAUUGAGUCUUGAUGAAACUCGAUUGACCAGUAAGCGUGGAGCUGAAAUUCUGGCUGAAGAGUUCGAGAAAGAAUGGUCCAAAAAUGGAGGAGAAUCAGUUAAAUAUCACCCAAGUGUUGCUCGGAAAAAGUGAUUAACCAAAAAUCAAUUCGAAAUAAUCAAUUAACAAUUAGCAAUCAUCUAAGUUGACUGUGAAUAUUUCCAAUUAUUUUAUCAAUUAAUCAACCAGUUGAUUCUUGAAAUAAUACAACAUGAGCUUUCAAACGAGACAAAAAUGCACUAAAAAAAAUAUCAUAACAUGAAAAUCAAAAAAAAACAAUCAAUCAAUUGUAUUAUUAUUGCUUUGUUUUCAUCUAUUGAUUACUUUAAAUAAUAGCCCAAGGCACAAUUAAUUAACCAUUAUUUUUACAAACAACAAAAUAUAAUAUGAAAAAAAAACAAUGACAAUAAAAGUUUUAUUUAGAAGCGCAA